UCCCUCCUCCACUCCUCCUUCCCGCAUUCCCCCCUCCCUCACUCCCUCCCUCCCUUCCUCCUCUCCCGGUCUCUCCUACGCUGCGAUGCCGUCGCCCGCCCAACCCCAACCCCAGGCCCAGGCCCAGGCCCAGGCCCAGCGCCGCUACUCCGAGCUGUUCUCCCAGCUCGACACCAACCGCGACGGGCGGAUCGACGUUCGGGAGCUGCAGGCGGCGCUGAGGGCCCGCGGCCUGGGGCCGGAGGCCCAGGAGAAAAUAUUACACUCUGGGGACAGUGACCAGGACAAUGAGCUGGAUUUCACAGAGUUCACCAACUACCUCCAAAACCACGAGAAGAAACUUCGCCUGGCCUUCAAAAGCUUGGAUAAAAAUAACGAUGGCAAGAUUGACGCUGGUGAAGUUGUCGAGUCCCUCAAGAGUCUGGGAAUUCAGAUCAGUCUUCAGAAUGCAGAGAAGAUUCUUCACUCCAUGGAUGAAGAUGGCACAAUGACUGUUGACUGGAAUGAAUGGCGAGAUCACUUCUUGUUCAACCCGGCAACCAAUAUUCAAGAAAUCAUCCGGUUCUGGAAGCAUUCAACGGUUCUGGAUAUUGGGGAUAGUUUGACCAUUCCUGAUGAAUUCACAGAGGAGGAAAGGAAGUCAGGAAUGUGGUGGAGACAGCUGCUGUCCGGAGCAGUGGCUGGGGCCGUGUCUCGUACGGGUACUGCUCCCCUCGAUCGGCUGAAAGUCCUAAUGCAGGUUCACGCUUCCAAAACAAACCAGAUGAGUGUGUACAGUGGGUUUAAGCAAAUGUUGAAGGAGGGUGGAGUGAUGUCCCUGUGGAGGGGCAACGGUAUGAACGUAGUGAAGAUCGCCCCGGAAACAGCAAUCAAGUUCAUGGCCUAUGAGCAGUUGAAGAAACUGCUCGCACAGGAUCGUCAAAACAUUCGUACCCAUGAGCGGUUUCUCGCUGGAUCUUUUGCUGGCGCAACAGCUCAGACCAGCAUUUAUCCAAUGGAGGUCCUGAAGACCAGAAUGGCCUUGCGGAAGACCGGACAAUACUCAGGAGUAGCAGACUGUGUGAAGAAGAUUUGGAAGAAUGAAGGAUUGAUUGCAUUUUACAAAGGCUAUAUUCCGAAUAUUCUGGGCAUUAUCCCCUACGCUGGCAUCGACCUGGCUAUUUAUGAGACAUUGAAGAAGACCUGGCUGACUAAGUACGCCAAGGAUUCUGCAGACCCGGGGGUACUGGUCCUGUUAACCUGCGGCACCAUCUCCAGCACCUGUGGCCAGCUGGCCAGUUACCCACUGGCCCUAGUCCGGACACGGAUGCAAGCACAAGCUUCGUUGGAGGGAAAACAGCAGCUCAACAUGAUGGAGCUCUUCCGGAAAAUUGUGGCCAAAGAGGGCCCCUUUGGGCUCUACAGAGGGCUGGCCCCCAACUUCAUGAAGGUGAUUCCUGCUGUUAGCAUCAGCUAUGUGGUCUACGAACGCAUGAGGAUGGCUUUGGGAAUACAGUCCACCUAAAGCCAAAAGUAUCCACUCAGGGAACAGAUCUCAGCAAAUCGCCAAAUUCCACUCACUGCUUGUGUCUGUCAAUCCAACCCUGAACCCUAGACCCUCAGUCUCCACCUCCCCAGCACUCAACUCCCAGAUCCUUAUCCGUUACAGUUCCAAGAGUCAGAGAGUCAUACAGUGCGGAAACAAGCCCUUCAGCCCACUGACCAUGCUGACCAGCGAGCACUCAUUGACCUGAGCCUACACAAGAACUCCAUCCACCACUUUGGUACCAUGUUCUCCAAACCCCAGCCUAACAAACGUUUAUGAAUCACAGAUUUGAGUGUUAACCAAGAGAAAAUCUUCUACUUGUGGUGUGCGGAAGGUCCACAUUUGGACCAUCUUUGAGAGAUUUCCUAAUUUCCCUCCAGAAUGCCAGGCAAUUGGGCAACUGGUUACUGGGGAAAGUGAGAAAGGCAGAGGAAAUUAGGGGAAAUUGUGGGUUCUGUGGGUGGCACAGCAGGUAGUCGCUGCCUCACAACCCCAGAGACCCAGGUUAAAUCCUGACCUCCGGCACUGUCUGUGUGGAGGUUGCACGUUCUCCCUGUGACCACAUGGGUUUCCCCCCGUUGCUCGGGUUUCCUCCCACAUUCCAAGAACUGUGGGUUGGUAGGUGCAAUAAAUUGUCCUCCCAGUGUGUAGGUCAGGGGUGGAAAAAGUCAUAGAUUCAUGCAGCGCAGAAAUAGGCCCUUUGGCCCAACUGGUCCAAGCUGGCAAAGAUGCCCAUCCAAGUUCAUCCCAUUUGCCCCCAUUUGGCCCAUAACCUUCUUGCAUUCCAAACUUCCACAGUCUUGUAUUUCUUUUAAGAUGUCCCAAAGCAUUUUGCAGUCCAACCAAGUGACUUAUUUUAAACACAGUUCUUUUUAUAAUGUAGAAAUCACAGCUUCAAUUUGCACAGAGCAUGGCCUCACAAAGAGCAAUGGGAUCAUGACCAUGUUAUCUGUUGGUGAAGGGAUAGAUAUCACCCACAUCAGAUAUCACGGAAUCUGGCAGAUUUGAUGGGAAUGUGGGGAGGUUAAUAGAAGUGGAAAUUGGUGUAACAUUGGCCCUUGGUGGUCAGCAUGAGCCAAGAGGCCUGUUUCCGUGCUCUGUGACUGUAUGACAUGUAACGAGCUUGGACUGAAGGACCUCCUGCUGUUCCUGACCCCGAACAUUGCACUGCUGUUGAUGGUGGUUAAUGUUGGUUAAAUCUUGUUCUGCUCUUGAUGUUCUUGUUCUGGUGCAUGCACUGCUUCUGGGAACCCUCCAAUCAGUUACUACCCAGCUGAGAAGUGCACAUCAUGCCUUCUGUCGGUAGUGGGAAUCAUUGUGUGAAUUGUUACAGAAUAUUUCCCAAUACCUUCAAUCUCUGGGAAUAAAAUUUUUGAAUUUGCUUUCAGUUUGGCUUUAAUUCUGCAAAUUGUUAAAUAACCCUUUGCUCCUGGUAGAGUACAUUUUAUUCAAAUCAAAUGCAUUUAACAAAUUUGCUUUCAGUGUUCAGUUUGCACUCUGUGCCUUUUCAGUGGGUGGGGAUCCUUCAAUGAUUUGAGUCAGCGACUUUCCUGGUUUGCCUCAAGCAUGACUCAGCCUGUGAUACACCUUAAAUAAGUAAUGGCACUAAUUUGAGCAGAGCGUAGAUUCAGAUUAAAUCUAAAGUGAUCACACACGACAGAUGGAUCUGUUUCUCUUCCUUGCUCCUGUACUUUUGUAUUUCUUUUUAUAUUGGAUUUGCAUGGAUUUUUAUCAAUAAAUUACUAUGGUGUAUUUACAA